UUGUAUUGACGUUUUGAAGUUGAAAACAUUGCCUGAUUGCUGCAGCUUAGUUUGAUGUAGGCUGGAUGGAGAGCUGGAUAUGAUUUCACGAUAGGAAAUUUAUAUGUAAUAACACUCUGUGUCCAUCACUAAAGAAUCAAAUUUUUGAAGUUAUUGAGAACAUUUCUGCUGAACAUGCUGAAACGUUACUUCUGAAUCAAAAUGGCAAGAAUAAAGAUAACAAAGAAAUCCGAAAAACGAAAAGAAUUAUUCCCACCAGUUGUUAAGUCUAAUCAAAUUAGUAAAAAGAAGAAAGUUAAAAAUCUAGCAAAAGACUCGAAGGUUAGGAAAUCUUCAAAUUUGGGUGUGAAAUCUGUGCUUGGUCAGUCAGGAAGAGACCAAUCGAGUACCAAAAUUGCAGAAAGAACCUAUGGAACAGACGGGUUACUAUUUGAUGAAGAAGACACAAGGAAAGUCAUUUUCACAAAAGAGCAGAUGGAAAGCUGGAAACCAAUGUCUGAAGAGUUGUUUGACAAUGUUGCAAAAAUUAUUGGAACUUCAAAACAGUUUAUUCUGAAUAAGUCCAUUGGACUUUAUUAUGACAGUGUGAAAACAGCUAUGAAUUUGUCCGAGAAAAGAUUAUUAGAAAGAUUGAAAAAUCUGAAAGUACCUCAUCAACAAAGACACAGAUCAUCUCAAUAUUCUGAGGGUUCCACAGCUGAAGAUCUUGAUAAGUUAGAAUUGAAUGGAUGUGAAUUGGAAUUUAAAAUUUCGAAACAAAAUGAUGCAUGUGACCAACUUCACGAGGAGUUAGAUAAAAUGAAGGCUAGACAGGAAAGUUCAGAAGUUCACCCAUUGCUACAAGGUGACUUUACACCCUCCCUAAAGCUUUCAGAGUUUAAAAAAAUGAAAACGUGAAAUUUUGGACAUGAGUAUUUAAAAUCUAUGUGUAUCUUAACAAAUAUCCUAAAUCCUGGAAUAUGUGCACUUAAAGUUCAAAACUCAAGCAAGUAAUUAAUAUAUUUAAAUAAACAUAAAUACUUUGAGGUGGAAUCACUUCUAUGUAGCAAAUUAACACAGACUAAGGACCACAGAUUGAUUG